GGGGAAGAGAUCCCAAAUUCCGCACCACUCUCCAGUCCGGCGGACCAUCAAACGAUGCUUCCGCGACGAUGGAAUCAGAUUCUAAUACACUCUCUCCUCCUCUUCUCCCUCUACCCUCUCUCCCUUUACGCUCGCCCAUUCGUCCUUGUCCUCUCCCAGGACGACCUCAAGGACGCCCCCCAGGCCGACGACGCUUCCCUCCAGGACUCUGAAGCUCCCUGGGACGACGACGACUUCGACGGCUCCCAAACCAAGCCCGAGGACGAGCUGGACCCGGGAUCAUGGCGCCGGCUCUUUGAACCUGCCUCUGUUGGUUCCGACACCGAAGAGAUGUCGGCGUACUAUUCUGGAGUGGCGAGGAUUGUGGCGGCGUCCAGCGGUGGGGAAACGAGGGUGAUGGAGGAGGCGGCAGCUGAGAUCGAAGGUGCUGCGGUGGAGGGUGAUCCGCACGCGCAGUCGGUGUUGGGGUUCCUGUACGGGAUGGGAAUGACACGGGAGAGGAAUAAGGCGAAAGCGUUUCUGUAUCAUUAUUUGGCUGCGGAUGGCGGGAAUGCGCAGUCCAAAAUGGCGCUCGCCUACACAUAUGCUCGUCAAGAUGAGUAUGAGAAGGCAGUUAAAUUGUAUGCUGAAUUGGCAGAAAUAGCAGUGAAUAGUUUCUUGAUUUCAAAGGAUCCACCUGUGAUUGAAACUGUAAGGAUUCAUAAUGGGGCGGAAGAGAAUAAGGAUGCCUUAAGAAAGUCUCGUGGUGAGGAAGAUGAAGACUUCCAGAUUUUGGAGUAUCAAGCACAGAAAGGAAAUGCUGCAGCAAUGUACAAAGUUGGGCUAUUUUACUAUUUUGGGUUGAGAGGAUUGAGAAGGGAUCAUACCAAGGCUUUGAUAUGGUUUUUGAAGGCUGUAGAAAAGGGGGAGCCAAGGUCUAUGGAACUUCUUGGGGAGAUAUAUGCCAGAGGAGCUGGAGUAGAGAGGAACUACACCAAGGCCCUUGAAUGGCUUACACUUGCAUCAAAGCAAGGACUUUAUUCGGCUUAUAAUGGGAUGGGUUAUUUAUAUGUUAAAGGUUAUGGAGUGGAGAAGAAGAAUUAUACCAAGGCAAAAGAGUAUUUUGAGAAGGCAGCUGAUAAUGAUGAUGCUGGCGGACACUAUAACUUAGGAGUAAUUUAUCUUAAAGGGAUUGGAGUGAAGAGGGAUGUAAAGGUUGCUUGCAAAUAUUUUAUCUCUGCUGCCAACGCUGGUCAGCCGAAGGCAUUUUACCAAUUGGCAAAGAUGUUCCAUACUGGUGUUGGGCUUAAAAAGAAUCUUCCUAUGGCUACUGCAUUGUACAAACUUGUUGCAGAACGGGGACCUUGGAGUUCCCUGUCUAGAUGGGCGCUUGAAUCAUAUUUGAAAGUUGAUGUGGGUAAGGCAUUCCUCUUAUAUUCAAGGAUGGCUGAGCUAGGUUAUGAGGUAGCACAGAGUAAUGCUGCAUGGAUCCUUGACAAGUAUGGUGAACGUAGCAUGUGCAUGGGAGAAUCUGGAUUUUGCAGUGAUGCAGAAAGGCACCAGCGUGCACAUUCUUUAUGGUGGCAGGCUUCUGAGCAGGGUAAUGAGCAUGCUGCUUUGCUUAUUGGAGAUGCCUAUUACUAUGGUCGGGGAACUGAGAGAGAUUAUGAACGUGCAGCAGAAGCUUACAUGCAUGCUAAAUCCCAAUCCAAUGCACAGGCCAUGUUCAACCUCGGGUACAUGCAUGAGCAUGGCCAAGGACUUCCAUUUGAUCUUCAUCUUGCUAAGCGUUACUAUGAUCAAGCCCUAGAGGUAGAUUCUGCAGCAAAGUUGCCUGUCACACUGGCUCUGACAAGUUUGUGGAUACGAAAGAACUAUGCUGACAGUUUCCUGGUUGACUUGAUUGACUCGUUGCCUGAAGUAUAUCCAAAAAUAGAAGCAUGGGUGGAGAAUGUAAUCAUGGAGGAAGGAAAUGCUACAAUACUCACUCUAUUUGUCUGUCUCCUAACAGUCUUGUACCUUCGUGAGCGACAACGGCGGCAAGCUGUAGCCGCUGGUGGUGAAGUGGCCCUACCCGACCAACUUAACGAGCAUGUUCUACCUCCACCACGUUAACCGGUGGCAUUAGUUUUCAGGAGUAGUGUUAGUUUUUGCUCUCUUAAUCUAUGAAAAGGUAAAAUCAUUCAAGCAAUAUGACGCAAUGUACAGGAUCGGCUUCUCCUUUGGAUUGGAUAAAGAUUGCCUUCUUCUAUUGUACGAUAGACAGAGCCUCACAUGUUGAAACAUGCGACUAAGACAGAUAUGUCACAUUCCAAUUCAAUCAUGAAAGUAGCUAUUUUCAAAAAGAAAAUCAGGAAAGAUAACUGACUUAUUUAUCUCUACAAAGACACAUUAUUCGCUGAAAGGAGUGACAAGAAUACAGAUAUUUUCAGUUUUCCUGUUGAGGACCUUGUGUUUCUGAGUCUUUCUUUCUUCCCUCUAUUUAUUUAUUUAUUUCUUCUCUCUCUUCUUCCUCUUCUUUUUCCUUUUUGUGACUGUCUGGUUUGAAAAACCAUUCCAUGCUUAGAACAACUAAAAUGCUCACAAUACACUGUCAAAAUAUGAUAAAAGGGUAUCUUGAACAUUUUAAGUCCUCUCCUUUUUCCUUCUUCAAUUAGGACCUAAAAGCCAGUAUUCUGUUAGGCCUUACAAUUGGGAAAAUAUCAUUAAUAGAGAAUAUUGGCCUCA